AUGGCACAAUCAGACGACGUGCUGGAUGGCAUUGAGGAACGCCUCGUUAAUCACGCAAAAGCAUUCGACUCCUUACUUGCGCUGACGCCCGCGCGUGAAUAUUAUGGAAGUCAGAUAGAUGAUGGCCUUGACCCCAGUGAUCAAUGGAAUCGCAAAAAGCAGACCAAAGAACAAAAGCGGGCGGCGAAGCGAGCGAAGCUUGAUCCGUCAAAUCAGAAGAGUGCGCUAGAUGUGAUGAAAGAGCGUGAGAGCAAGAGAAAGCGGGAGCUUGGUAUCGAGGACGAAGUCGCGCACAACGAAGACGACCCGAUUGAGAAAAAAACAACAACAAACGUGCCACCCAACAAACGGCAGAAGCAGGUACUGGAUCCUGAGGCGCAAGAAGCAGAGCGAGCAGCCAAGGCAGCCAAGCGAAGACAGGCUCGUGUACAGAAGAAUGAGAAGAAGGCGAAGCUGAAGGCAAAGAUGGACGCAAAGAAGGCUCGAAAGCAGGCCGUCGCCACUGUCGAAAAUGCAGACCCAGAAGAUCUGGCUGCAGAGGAAUCGGAAGAGGAAGAUGGCGAUGCACCAGGUACAGGAGCAAUCAACGAGGGUCACAAGGAUAUUGAGAAAAUGGAUCUGAGCGGGCUCGCAGACUCGGAAGAUGAGGAAGAAGCGCACGACCAGGCCAAUGAUAACGAUUCUUCGGUACCAUCAACACCAGCAGACGAGAGCGCUGCGUUUGACACAGCAACCAACCAAUCCGAAACGUCUUCUUCGUCUUCUAUCGUCCCGCCCACAGUCCCUGAGGCCGAAACUGCACGCAAGCUAAAUCAGAAGCCCUUGCCUAGACUUAGCGCAAAAUCGAGCGCGAGUACAAAACCACCAGCGCAAACAACCGCUGUGUCUGGGAUAGAAUCACCAAAGCUGCGACUACCCGACAUUGAUCAAGCUGAACUACAGGAACGUUUACGAAAGCGAAUCGAGGAACUUCGCGCGCGGCGAAAGGCGGACGGUCCAGAUGGCCGACCUGCGCGCAGUAGACAGGAAUUGCUCGACCAGCGUCGAAAGAAAGAGGAACAGAGGAAGAUACACAAGAAAGAGCUCAGGCGAGCGGCGAAAGAGGAAGAGGCGCAAAAACGUGAAGAACAACUUCGAGGGUCCGGAAGUCCAAUGUCUCUGGAGUUGUUUGGAUCAAGACCUUCACCGAAGCCACAAGAUAACAACUUCAGCUUCAGCAGAGUGGCGUUUGAUGACGGCACGGCCGCCGAUGCUUCUCUCAGCGGCUUGAGCGACCCCAAGAAGAGGAAGGGCCCGCAAGAUCCCCGCACAGCAUUGCAAGCUGCAGAGAAAAAGCAGUCCCGUCUCGCUGGCCUUGAUGCCGAGAAGCGGGCCGACAUCGCUGAGAAGGACAUGUGGCUCAAUGCAAAGAAACACGCACAUGGAGAACGCGUCCGUGACGACACAAGUCUGCUGAAGAAGGCGCUGAAGCGAAAGGAAAAGCAGAAGAGCAAGUCCGAAAAGGAGUGGCAGGAACGGGGCGAGGCCGUUGUGAAGGGCAAGGAGAUCAAGCAGAAAAGACGCGAGUCUAACCUCCAGAGGAGACGAGACGACAAAGGCAGCAAAGGCAGCAAAGGCAAAAAGAAGCCUUCGUCCUCGGCUGGCAAAGGCAAAAAGAAAGCACGCCCAGGUUUCGAAGGCCGUUUCAAAGCAUGA